AUGGAGGUGGCUUUUCACUCAGGUCUUGCCCGCGCACACUCGUCCCAGUCCGCCAACCCGGCCGCCCACGCCCGCAUCGCCUCGAGCAGCGGGCCCUCCCUCAUGUCCCACCAAAGCUACCAGAGCCAGCACUCGAGCUACUCGCACAGCACCCACCGCGACACCCAGAGCACCGCCGCUACCAGCACCUCCACCCUCUUUACCACCCCGCCUACCUUCCCGGGAACCCCCGUCAACGGCGGACCCGUCGAGGCCGCCGACAAUGUCCUGAACAAGCGCGCCGACAAGGAGAGCUCGCUCUUCCACAGCGGCCUGCAGCUGCAGCUGCGCUUGCGCGCCAUCCCCGGCUUCGAGCGCUGGAUAUCCGAGGAGGAAAACAAGGCCGACGACGAUGCCGACCCCGUCACUCUGCUGUGGCGGACCUUCCGCCGCGGCUUCCCGCUCAUGGACAUCUACAACGCCCUGGGCCCCAAGGUGCGCCUGGCUGUCGACACCUCGAAGAUGACGGAGAGCACCACCAAGAAGUUUGAGAAAAUGGCAGCCUACAAGUUCCUGCAGGCCUGCAUUGGAGAACUCAAAUUCCCCCCUGAGGAAUGCUUCAUGAUUGGAGAUCUAUACGGCGACGACACAACUGGAUUUGUGAAGGUUGUCAAAGUGGUAAACCGAGUUCUGGACAUUCUGGUGCAGAUGGGCAUCAUUCAAAACACCGAAGCCGCCGACGGAGCCGGCGACCCGACUAGGAAGAAGACCCGGCGUGAGCACAUCAUCAACGAGCUGGUGUCAUCGGAGCGCACGUAUGUGCAGCACUUGGAGAUGCUGCAAAUGUUCAAGCGACUGGUCGAAGAGAAGGGCUCCGUAACAGGCGACGCCAUCCAUGACAUUUUCCUCAACCUGAAUGCGCUUCUCGACUUCCAAAGACGGUUCCUCAUUCGGGUGGAGCAGACCAACGCCCAGCCUCCCCACGAGCAGAAUUGGGGAAACCUCUUCGUGCUGUACAAGGACGCUUUCAAAGUUUACGAACCCUAUGUCGCGAACCAGAAGAAAAGUGAGCAGGUGGCUGUACGAGACUACGAGAAGCUCGUUGAGACUGGUGGCUCUGGCGAAAUGCAGCAGAUGGUGCAGACUAAAGCUACUUUGCCUUCGUUCUUGAUCAAACCCUUUCAAAGACUGACAAAGUACCCACUUUUGUUGAAGGACUUGCGCGCAAAUGGUGAACUUGAAGAGCACCUCAGGGACGACAUUUCGAAUGGUAUCGAUGCCACAGAAGCAGUGCUCGAGCGCAUCAAUGCGGCUAUAGCCCGCGAAGAUCGAAUGGAAGCUGUCGAGGAGUUGAAAACUUUAGUUGAAGAUUGGAAGGGCCAUCGCAUCGAAGGAUUCGGCGACCUUCUGCUCUACGGUCAAUACACUGUCCUCAAAGGAGACGGCAUGAACGGGAAGCAAGACGAACGAGAGUACAAAAUCUACCUUUUCGAAAUGAUACUUUUAUGCUGCAAGGAGCUCAGCGCCAACAAAGCGAAAAAGAUGAACAAGGCGUUGACCACUAAGACCGGGAAACCAAGGCUGCAACUCAAAGGUCGUAUCUUCAUGCAAAAUGUUACAGAGACAAUAUCGCUCCAGAAGCCCGGCUCGUACACAUGCCAGAUUUUCUGGAAGGGCGACCCAGGCAUCGAGAAUUUCAUAAUCCGAUUCAACACUGAGGAUACCAUGAAGAAAUGGGCAACCCAGGUGGAUACCCAGCGUCGUGUUUGGAAAGACCACGCACGCAACAGCGCCAGCACUACUCACUCAAAGCCGUCGGACACACAAUUCACGUACAUGCACGACCAAAACCUCGUGAAUCCAUACGCCGAGGACGACGAUGAUGAGGACGAGGAUAUUGAUACGGUCGUCCCCGGAUACCCACCAACCAGCUCAAGCGCGUCAAUACGGUCACGAUCGACCACAGGGGAAAGCGCAAACGAUGCCACGGUACCACCUCCACGUUUCCCCAUGGGCUACCCCCAAGCCCCGCUAACGCUUCGAACCCAGCAGCUUGCCAACUUUAACCAAGACGGAUCAUACUUCUCACCCGUAGACACUCCUAUGUCCACCUACUCAAAUGCACGGACGAGCUCCUCGUCAGCAGGCACCUUUCCUUUCCCCCGCCAGACACCUCCAUCUGGCUACCAUGAGGAAAACAACCGUUACACUGCACCUGCUCGCGGCCAUGUGACUCGCGAGACCUCUAUGGGCCCUGGUAUGCUUCCAGGGCGGACAGUCUCACGUCCCUCGUUGCCACCCACCUCCAACUCAGCGAGUAUGUCAGCUGGCCGAAUGCGGGCGGCUAGUAGCCCAGAUAUCCACAAUGCCCUGAGACCAGGACGGCAGCCAAAUGGCCAGCAACCAUCGGUACCCGAGAUGCCUCCAUUCCCCACGCACUACGCCUACAACGCGGCCAUCGUCAACCGCAGCCAGAACAAUUCACCUAACAGUAUGCCUCCUCGAGCCGCUACGGGGUCACCCGCCAUCCAACGAGAUCGCCUCGUCCAGCAACGAACAGCGGAACAGCUUGCCAAUACCCAUCCCGACUUGCCUCUGCACUAUGGCGGUCCGGCCCGCAGAGAUCCUAGUAGCGUUCCUUCCGCACGGACUAUGACGCCGCACUCGUCAUUUGAACGCAGCCAAGGUACACUCACACCGGCAUCAAUGGACUCGCGCACCAUGUCGCCUCCCCUAUCGCAAGCAUCGACCCUGAACGAAAAUCAUUCAGGAAUACCUACUCAGCUCAAGGUCAAGGUGCACUGCCCGGCGGCCGGCAGUACAAUGACACUAGUAGUCAGUACAAACAUUAGCUUCCAGAGCCUAAAAGACCGCAUUGAUGCGAAGCUUCAGCGGUCGACGAGCGUGUCGCUUGGUUCCGGUCAAGUGAAGCUGAAAUACUUGGAUGAUGACACAUUUGUCACAAUCUCUACGGACGACGAUCUGCAGGAGGCGUUUGAGACGUGGAAGGAGCAGCAGAGAGACUUGAACCCCGGUGGCCAGCAGCUUGGUGAAAUCGAGCUGUUCUGCCAGUAA